AUGAAGACCCUGCAGAUCGCUCUUGUGUUGUCCGCCAUUUUGGCCAUUGCCUUCGCUGCAAACGCCAGUUGGGGUGCUAAAUUAUCCAGCAGCAAGCUAGUAAGCACCCAAAACGUAACUGUUCACAAGAAGGCCAAUCAGAAUGUGAGCAGUAAGAUUAUAUUCCCAUUGACGGGCCAGACCAAUACGAAAACCAUUCGGUUCAUUAGCAUAACGGAUUUAUUCACCAACAGUUCGGGACCCUCCUCCACCGUACUAUCUGGAGGUCCAGGCUACACUUAUGUCCAAAUAAAUAUCACGAGCCAACCUUCCCAGGGAAUUAACGUAUCUUGUCAAAUCUGGGCGGAUGCCUAGUAUGUAUGACAAACUUCAAGAACUAAAGGGUUAAAACAAUAUAAAAUCAUGUUUGUAACUUUCAAAACCGAAAUCUAAAUGAAACAGUUUUUAAUAAAUGUAUUCCAAAAAUCAA